GAUUGUUUUGUAUUUGUGUGUUUGUACACUGAUUUUUUGGGUGCGACGAAAAGAUGGUUCUGGAAAAGGAAAAUUUUGCUGAAAACAUGGAAACUAUCAUCAAGAACACUCGCAAAGUGCUGACGGAAAGUGGCGCUAACGUAACCUCCCCGACCAAGGCAACCGCGAUGGAGGAAAACAAGGCACCGGCCGAUGAAGGUACGUCCGACCCGAAAGAGCUGGCCAAGAGCGAACUGUCCGAGGUGCAUCUGCGUGAAUCGGCACCAUUCGAUCCGUCUAUCGAACCACUGCUGCGAGACAACCCACGACGCUUUGUGAUCUUCCCCAUCCAGUAUCCGGACAUAUGGCAGAUGUACAAGAAGGCCGAAGCAUCCUUUUGGACCGUGGAAGAGGUUGACCUAUCGAAAGACAUGAAGGACUGGGAUGCGCUAAAACCGAGCGAACGUCACUUUAUCUCGCACGUUCUGGCCUUCUUUGCUGCGUCCGAUGGUAUUGUGAACGAAAAUCUGGUCGAACGUUUCAGCCAGGAGGUACAGGUGACGGAAGCGCGCUGCUUCUACGGCUUCCAGAUUGCGAUGGAAAACGUUCACAGCGAGAUGUACUCCCUUCUGAUCGAUACGUACAUCCGUGACUCGAAGCAAAGGGAGUUCCUGUUUAAUGCCAUCGAAACGCUACCGUGCGUGAAAAAGAAGGCCGAUUGGGCGUUGAACUGGAUCUCGAGCAAGAAGGCCAACUUUGGUGAACGGGUCGUCGCGUUUGCAGCCGUCGAGGGUAUUUUCUUCAGCGGUAGCUUUGCGUCCAUUUUCUGGCUGAAGAAGCGUGGCCUGAUGCCGGGACUUACCUUUUCGAACGAGCUAAUUUCGCGCGACGAAGGACUGCAUUGCGAUUUCGCGUGCCUAAUGUUCAAGUAUCUGGUGCAGAAACCUUCGAAGGAGCGCGUGACGGAGAUUAUCCGCGAUGCGGUGGUGAUUGAGCAAGAAUUUUUGACGAAAGCCCUGCCGGUCGAUAUGCUUGGAAUGAAUUGCGAUCUGAUGUCUCAGUACAUUGAGUUUGUGGCCGAUCGUUUGCUGCUGGAGCUGGGUUGUGACAAGGUCUACCACACGAAGAAUCCGUUCAGCUUCAUGGAGUUCAUCUCGCUCGAGGGCAAGACGAACUUUUUCGAGAAGAAGGUGGGCGAAUACCAAAAGUGGGGUGUGAUGGCAAACCGUCUUGACAAUGUGUUCACGCUCGAUGCGGAUUUCUGA